UUCCCUACCUUCAAGAACAACGCGAAAAUGUUCGCUAUUUUGGCUUAUACUGUUUUGGCCAUUAUUCUUGGUGUUGUGAUCACAUCUUACAUUAAUAUUUUCUAUGGGUUCAAGCGACGUGUUAUUCAGCCCAUUAAAAAUAAGAAGUCAACUCAAACAAGUGAGCUUGUAUACCAAAAGUUUAAACAAGCUCCGGGACCCCGACCUUGGCCCAUAAUUGGCAACCUACAUCUGCUGGAUCGCUAUAGAGAUACUCCCUUUGCGGGAUUUACCGAGUUGGCCAAACAAUAUGGUGACAUAUACUCCCUGACUUUUGGACACACGCGCUGUUUGGUGGUGAACAAUCUGGAGCUGAUCCGUGAGGUCUUAAAUGAAAACGGCAAGGUAAUGAGUGGACGACCGGACUUUAUACGAUAUCAUAAAUUGUUUGGAGGCGAGCGGAGUAAUUCAUUGGCUCUCUGCGAUUGGUCACAGCUGCAGCAGAAAAGGAGGAACCUCGCCAGACGUCACUGCUCGCCCAGAGAAUCAUCUUCCUUCUACAUGAAAAUGUCCCAAAUUGGCUGUGAGGAGAUGGAGUUCUGGAAUCGCGAGCUAAAGAACCAACUAAUCCCCGGAGAACCCAUCCAGAUAAAGCCUCUUAUUCUCAAGGCCUGUGGAAACAUGUUUAGUCAAUAUAUGUGUUCCCAGAGAUUUGACUACGAUGAUCUGGAAUUCCAGCUGAUUGUGCAGUACUUUGACGAGAUUUUCUGGGAGAUCAAUCAGGGUCAUCCCAUGGACUUCCUACCCUGGCUGUAUCCCUUUUAUCAGCGUCACGUCAACAAAAUCAUCAAUUGGUCCUCGACCAUCAGAAAAUUUAUAAUGGAGCGAAUUAUCUGUCACCGAGAGCUGAACAUCGAUUUGGAUGAACCAGAUAGAGAUUUUACCGAUGCUCUACUGAGAAGUCUCAUAGAGGAUAAAGAAGUCUCCCGGAACACGAUCAUCUUUAUGCUGGAGGAUUUCAUUGGUGGGCACUCAGCGGUCGGAAAUCUGGUGAUGCUAGUAUUGGCCUACAUAGCCAAGCAUCAGGAAAUAGGAGAGAGAAUCCAGGAGGAAAUAGACGCCAUUACAUCGGAGGAGAACAGACAAGUUAAUCUACUGGAUAUGAAUACCAUGCCUUAUACCAUGGCCACGAUUUUUGAGGUGCUGCGAUACUCAUCCUCACCGAUUGUUCCCCAUGUUGCCACAGAGGAUACAGUGAUCUCUGGCUAUGGGGUAACAAUGGGCACCAUUGUGUUUAUUAACAAUUAUGUGCUGAACACCAGCGAGAAGAAUUGGAUCAAUCCAAAAGAAUUUAAUCCGUUAAGAUUCUUAGAAAAAUCAAUUGAUCAAAGCCCCAAAAGUACCGAUGGUUCCGAUUCGGGGAUCGAAAGCGAUAAGGUUAAACUGCAACUUAGAAAGAAUAUUCCCCAUUUUCUACCCUUUAGUAUUGGAAAGCGGACUUGCAUUGGUCAGAAUUUAGUCAGGGGGUUUGGUUUCCUGGUCUUAGUUAACAUACUGCAGAGAUAUAAUGUAAGCAGCAACGACCUAUCGACGAUUAAGAUCAGUCCAGAGAGUUUGGCACUGCCUGCCAAUUGUUUUCCGCUAGUUUUGACACCUAGGAAUAGCAUUUAAAAAGGGUAGUAGGAAAUCGAAAGAUUAAGUAGACCAUCCUCAAAGGAGGCUUAGCUAAGACUUGGUAAAAAACUUUAAGGUAUCAAUAAAUUUGUAGGAUAAUGAAAAAAUAGUAUAAAAAGUAUUCAGAUAAGACAUUUAUGAUCAUGAAAUAGCAAAAAACAAUAAAUCAAGAUGAGAAGUAUUUUUACGCCAUUAAUAUUGAUUUUUCAGAAUACAUUUUUUCGUUUAUUAAGGUCUUAAGAUUUUUAAAACGCUGUUAAACUUUUAUUUCUCCGUUACUAACCAUAUUUUCAAAGAUUCAUAUAACGCAUUGACUUAAAUAUUUGUAUUUCAUUUCUGUAUUUUGUACAUUCACACAAACCCUUAUAGUUUCACACCACACUGUAUAUCUCACAUACAUUCAUAAGUUUUUUAAUAUUAGAUUAAUUCGAUAAGAAUUUCGUUAUAAUAAAUGACUCAAAAUAUUUAUAAUCUUGUGUAAUGUAUACGCCAAAUGGUGUUUCAUGUAUAAUUCUUAAGCGCAUUGAACUAUUUACAAUUUUAUUUUCUUGUAGAAAUCAAUGGACUUGGGUCAAAGUGGAACCAUAUAUAAAUGACAUACAAACUUAGAGCUCAAUAAACCUAACAAGACUUUUAUCAAUAAA